UCAUGUGCUAUAUGAAAUAAACAAAAACGUAUCCCUAAAAUAUAAACAAGCAAAGGGUAACCAAAUACUUAAACAAGUUUCAAGUGAAAGCAAAAAACAUCUGUGCCCAAGUUGUUCAAAGUGUUUUCCGGGCAUUCCUUUUUUUAAGUUUCCCACUGUUCAACGAUUUCGAGGCAUCAAAUCAGUUACGUUUCUCAUUUGGAGCCUGGAAUCACGGAUGCCAACUAAGGGCGAUAUAACUCACGGGGAUAUGCAAAUGCCGAGGUGGGCGUGGCCGAGGGCGUGCCGCAACAAGCAAAUGCGAAAAGCCAAACAAUAGAGACAGAGACAUCCAAUUAAAAAGGCCCUACAGAAUCGAAUACUAUAUAUAUACUUAUAUAUAUAUAUAUCUGCCAAGAUGGCUGGCCAUCGGUCGCUGGCUCUUUUGUUGGCGAUGCUAAUUAGCAGCUGGCCAAAAGCCUCUUUGGGCGCCACUGGAAACGGCAGCAUGGCAAGCGUUAGCAACAGUAGUGGCAACAAUUAUGCAUUCACCUCGGAACAAUCGGAUCACUCGGACCACAAUGCCAACGACUCCAUGGAAUAUGAUGCCGAGAGUGUGGCCCUCGAACGGAUCGUAUCGACAAUAGUUCCGGUGUUUUUCGGCAUUAUCGGAUUCGCAGGACUUUUGGGCAAUGGUCUGGUUAUUCUGGUGGUUGUGGCCAACCAGCAGAUGCGCUCCACCACCAACCUGCUGAUUAUCAACCUGGCCGUCUCGGACAUUCUGUUCGUCAUCUUCUGUGUCCCGUUCACGGCCACCGAUUACGUGCUGCCGGAGUGGCCGUUUGGCAACGUGUGGUGCAAGUUCGUCCAGUACAUGAUUGUGGUUACGUGCCACUGCAGGUGGGUGCCUCUAUACGUAACCGCAUAUGGAUAUAUCCCACAUACAUACAUAUAUCCACACAUACAUAUAACCUCUAUAUCCCGACUUGUGACUUGCAGUGUUUACACGCUGGUGCUGAUGUCCUUUGAUCGCUUCCUGGCCGUCGUUCAUCCCGUGACUAGCAUGUCCCUGCGAACGGAGCGCAAUGCCACACUGGCCAUCAUGUGCGCCUGGAUAACGAUUGUGACGACUGCGAUUCCGGUGGCACUUUCGCACUCGGUGCGGAUUUAUCAGUAUCACGGAAAUGCCGGCACCGCUUGCGUCUUUUCCACGGAGGAGGAGAUCUGGAGUCUCGUCGGUUUUCAGGUCUCAUUCUUUCUGUCGUCAUAUGUGGCACCCUUAACGCUGAUUUGUUUCCUGUACAUGGGAAUGCUGGCUCGUCUUUGGAAAAGUGCUCCUGGCUGCAAGCCAUCCGCAGAGUCACGAAAGGGAAAACGGCGCGUCACCCGAAUGGUUGUUGUUGUCGUAUUGGCAUUUGCCAUCUGUUGGCUGCCCAUUCAUGUCAUACUUGUGUUGAAGGCACUGGAUCUUUACGGCGGCAGCCACUUGUCGGUCAUUAUACAGAUUAUAUCCCAUGUGGUGGCCUACACAAAUUCCUGCAUCAAUCCCAUACUAUAUGCCUUCCUGUCCGACAACUUUCGCAAGGCAUUCCGCAAGGUGGUGUGGUGUGGAAGUCCGCCUCCUCUGAUGACCAAUCAACAGGUGACCAAGACCACGCGAACUGCAACCGGCAACGGAACGUCCAAUAUUGAAAUGCUCUAAGCGGCUCUCGAAAAUAAACUAAUUGAGAUCGUCACAUCAUUUUUGAAGGCGACAUACUAAAUCGAAACAGAAAAUGUGAAUUUAAAGCUAACAAAGGACACAAAAACUUAUGUUAGAAUGAAAACGCGGCGCAUAUAGGUUAACUAUAAUAUAUAUAUAGUAACCGAUAUAUGUCUAUAAGGAGAAUAUAAUUUUCCGAAUUAUAAAAUGUGAUUGUUUUGAUAGUUUAAAAUGUGUAAGCAUUAUUUCCCUAAGCAUAAGUAAAAUGAAACGUAUUUUAUGUUGAGUGUAUACGAUUGGUUUGAUUUUCCACUUUGAGCGCCGUGUAAGUUUCAUUUGGGACCUAGGACUUUAGAAUUUAUCAAAUAAUUUUAAUUUUUAAGAAACAAUUAAGAAAGUUAAAGCUUAAAUCUGAAUUGGUUAAAUUUUGCACCUGAAAUAUUGAAAAUGGCAAACAAAAAUUUCCUUAAAUUGACAGAAAUUGAUAAGAGUUGACACACUAUUUAAUGAAUAGAAUUGAAAAGCAGAGGGAUUUCUGUAAAAAUUUGUAGAUUUCCAUGUUAUAAGCAAGUCAAAGAUCAUUUAGCCAUUAAGCGUUUAAUAAUAUAAAUUUAUUAUUAAAAAAAGAAGAUAGAAGACAAAAGUUAUUAUAGAUUUACAUGACCACACUGAAAUUGAAAUUAGAUUUAACGAUAAAAAAGAUUUUUAAAAACGAAUUUUUUUUGUUCCCUAUUUAAAUAUAUGGUUUGGCAGAAAAGCAGAGAAAAUAGGUAAAAUUUAUAUAGCACGUAAGAGAACUUUUAUUACCAGAGCUGUAAUUUUAGACGCAAGAAAUUGUUUCAGAUUCAAGGUCUUAAAUAACCGACUCUGGUACUUAUUUCUAGUACUAGCGAAGCUCAAUUGAAUAUAAGCGACCUAUAUAUAUUUAAGCCACAUAUAAUCCCUUUAACCCUUUUUGUUAUGCAAAUUAAAUCAAUCAUUUGCAUAAACUAUAGACCCCUUGAAUAAAACAAACGUUAGCCAUAGGUCACCCGAAAGUCCUUUUCAUUUCCUACUACAAUUAAUUAAUUCAUAGAUUAGCCAAUUGUUGACCAUGCGAAAUUGGUAAUUUUUAAGUUAAUCAUGUAAAUUACAAGUAUAUAUAAAUAACACAAUUUACACACAUUUGACUAUUAAAUAAGGAACAUUAAUAAAACAUUUAUAUUGCUUUGUUGACUUUUUUUUUCAUUUGCUUCGGCCUUGCCGAAUUUAAAUAUGACGCAAAAAACAGGAAAUCAAAAAUGGGAGUAAGUGUUCCUAGUUAAAACCUUGUUUUCAUUCCUAAAGGAUGCUACAAAAACUAAAUUACAUUGAGCCUGGAACAUACAACCAAUGGAUAUAGUUUUAAAAUACUUUGUAGAUUAGCUUACUCGAUAUUUAUAAAGACAAUUCUGAUUGAAUAUAUAUAUUUUGAAAUCCAUUAGGAACACAUACUCCCAAUUUAGUAAGCUACUGUAUUUAACAUAAAAAACUAUUGUAUCUAUAUAUAAGCAUAUGUAUAGCAACAUAAAUGCGUAUAUAUGUAUUUAUAUUUGUAUUUGUAAAUGUAUUCUACUGCAUUCCUAGCACAGUUGUGGAAUUGAACAAUAUUUGAAUUUAGAACGAAAACAACCGCAAAAAUAAUGGCGAAAUUGAACGGAGGAAAAAUUGAAAUAUUCUAGCAUAAGCGUAAAAUUUAAAAAGUUUUUUUGUGUACCCUGUAGGGUAUUAGUCGCCUAUCCUCACGAAAAUUCAAACAAAACUAGCGGGUAAAAAAUGCAUUACGAAGUGUACUCAUCAAUUUUCCAUUUCAGUUAUGCAGCAAAUAGUUUAUUGCGUAAGAUGAAAAGCGGAACUUAUUGUAUUUGUAUAUGUAUGUAUAUGUACAAUAACAUUUGUUCAUUGUGUUAAAUAAAA